AUGAAUCCACAGGCCAACCAAAGUGCAGGCCAGAAUAGUCAUGGUACUAUCAUCCCGACAACAGUCCUGGACAUAUAUCGAUUAGUUUCAGAAGAUGCUGGUCCGAAGCUGCUGAGAGAAUCAGCUGGUUCAAAGUCAUGUUGCAUCUUGAGAAUCCCACAGAGCCUUGCAAGAAUCAACCUCAAAGCUUACGAACCAAAGAUCUUAUCCAUUGGUCCUUACCAUCACGGCAAAGAACAUCUCCAGAUGAUACAGCAGCAUAAACGCCGAUUCUUGAAGUUUUUCGUGGCUAAAAUGGAAGAAAAGGGUUCUGAUCCUCAAGAACUGGUCAAAGUUGUAUCGAGUUUAGAAGGAGUUAUAAGAGGUUCUUACUCUGAGGAUCUUGGUUUAGAUUCUGAAAAAUUGGUUGAGAUGAUGGUGCUUGAUGGUUGCUUUAUCCUCACGUUGUUCUUUGUUGUUACCGGGAAAGUUGUUUACACAAUUAAUCAAGAUGAUCCUAUUUUCAGAAUGCCAUGGAUCUUGCAAUCGAUUCGAGCCGAUCUUCUACUUUUGGAAAACCAGGUUCCGUAUCUUCUUCUUCAAGCUCUAUGCGAAGCAUCGAGGUUAGUUGCUUGUAGUGGUCUUAACGAGAUGGCUUUUGAAUUCUUUGACUACUCAUUACAAAAACCAGAGAGCUUUUGGAAAAAACAUUAUGGUCUUGAAGCAAAACAUCUUCUUGAUUUGAUACGUACGACUUUUGUUCCUGUUCCGUCUCAAACAAGCAUCAAAGAUCAUAGCUAUCUCACAAUCCUCUGUUGUUCCGAGGGGGAACGAGGAAAAUCUAGCAGUAAACCAGAUCAUGAAUAUCUCGAAUUCGUUCUCUCAGCCAAGAAGCUUCAUCUUCGAGGAAUCAAGUUCAAACCGAGGAAGAACACAGACUCAAUCUUAGACAUAAAGCUUAGUAACGGUGUGCUUCAUAUUCCUCCGGUAGUCAUGGAUGAUUUUACUGCCUCGUUCUUGUUAAACUGUGUCGCAUUUGAGCAGUUAUAUGCUGUAACAUCGAACCACAUAACGAGCUACGUAGCUUUCAUGGCCUGUCUUAUAAACGAAGAAGGCGAUGCAGCGUUCCUUAGCGAAAAAAGGAUCCUGGAGAACUAUUUUGGAACAGAGGAGGAAGUGUCUCGGUUUUAUAAAAGCAUUGGUAAAGACAUUGCCCUCGACUUAGAGAAGAGUUACUUAGCAAAGGUGUUUGAAGGUGUUAACGAGUAUACUUCAAAAGGAUUCCAUGUUCACUGUGCAGAGUUUAUUCAUACGCAUUUCGAUAGUCCAUGGACAUUUGCAUCGUCAGUUGCAGCGUUGUUGCUUCUUAUAUUUGCAGCUUUACAAGUCUUCUUUGCAGCUUAUAGUUAUUUCCGUCCUCCAAAAGAUAAGUGAGAGGUUCUUUCUUUGUACACAUGAAUGAUUUUUAAAGUUAACUUAGUUAAGUGUUCUGAUUUUCUGAAUCUUGUAUAUAUUUGUUUUUUGCUAAUUUCUUUAACACUUUUGAUUUUACUA